ACAGCUACAUUCGCUACGCCUGGGGUUCCAAUGAGCUGCGGCCCGUCUCCAAGCAAGGCCACUCCAGCAAUCUAUUUGGAAGUAUAAAAGGAGCGACUAUCGUGGACGCACUGGAUACUCUCUACGUCAUGGAAAUGUUUGAGGAGUUUGAUGCAGCCACAGACUGGGUGGAGAAGAACCUGGACUUUAAUGUGAAUGCAGAGGUGUCUGUGUUUGAGGUGAACAUCCGGUUUGUUGGAGGCCUGCUGUCUGCCUACUACCUGUCAGGAAAAGAGGUCUACCGUAGGAAGGCGGUGGAGCUGGGUGAGAAGCUGCUGCCAGCCUUCAAAACACCGACUGGCAUCCCCUGGGCUCUGCUCAACCUCAAGAGCGGCAUCGGCAAGAACUGGCCGUGGGCGUCCGGCGGCAGCAGCAUCCUGGCCGAGUACGGAACCCUGCACCUGGAGUUCAUGCACCUCAGCCGACUGUCUGGAAACCCGGAGUUUGCUCAGAAGGUCAUGAACAUCAGAAAAGUCCUCAACCGCCUGGACAAACCUCAGGGGCUGUACCCCAACUACCUGAACCCCAACAGCGGCCAGUGGGGCCAACAUCAUGUGUCGGUCGGGGGUCUGGGCGACAGUUUCUACGAGUACCUGCUGAAAGCCUGGCUGAUGUCUGACAAGACGGACGAGGAGGCCAGGAAGAUGUACUACGACGCCCUGCAGGCCAUAGAAACCAACCUGAUGAGGAAGUCCAGCAGCGGGCUGACCUACAUCGCCGAGUGGAAGGGCGGCCUGCUGGAGCACAAGAUGGGUCACCUGACGUGUUUCGCCGGAGGCAUGAUCGCCCUGGGCGCCGACGGAGCGGCCGAAGACAAGACCGGCCACCAGAUGGAGCAAGCUGCCGAGAUCGCCCGCACGUGUCACGAGUCGUACGUUAGGACAGGUUUGAAACUGGGUCCCGAGGCGUUUCGGUUCGACGGCGGCGUUGAAGCCAUCGCCACCAGACAGAACGAGAAGUACUUCAUCCUGCGUCCUGAGGUGGUCGAGACCUACAUGUACAUGUGGAGGUUCACGCAUGACCCCAAGUACAGGGAGUGGGGCUGGGAGGCUGUUCAGGCCCUGGAGCAGCACUGCAGGGUGGAGGGAGGCUACAGCGGCAUCAGGGACGUCUACGCCUCCUCCCCCAACCACGACGACGUUCAGCAGAGCUUCUUCUUAGCAGAGACGCUCAAGUAUCUCUACCUGCUGUUCUCCGACGACGACCACCUGCCGUUCGACCACUGGGUCUUCAACACCGAAGCCCACCCUCUGCCCGUCAUCAGGAAGGACAGAACAGAGCGACCCAACGAGGUGGAGUAGACCGCAUCACUGUGCCCACAACGAAGGACCCAACCGAGAGCGAGAAGCUGAGAUCCUGUGUUUCCUGAGCCUCCAGUGGUUCCUCUGAGAUGGCCUUAGUCUUUCUGAAGCCCUCACAGCGCCACCUGCCUGUGGGUGGGAUUUUAUUUUUUAUUAACAGGAUGAAAACACUGGAGCUGGAAUCUCGCCAUGGAGUCUUUUUUUACUUGCUUUUUUUUUUUUUUUUUGCUUCUUCUUUUUUGGGUCCAGACACUGAAGUGGGCCAUGGUUUUGUAUUGUGGGUCAUGUGACUCCUGCGUCAUGUGACAACAGCCAAAGGAAAUUGAAAAACGAGAGAGAGAAAAAAAAAAUCAGAGAAAGAUGGAGUCAUUUUUUUGGAGGGGGGGAUCAUGUUUUUGACUCUUUAAAGGGACAGUUCCACCAGUGAUCCAUCACCAUGUUGUUAGCAGCAGCCGUUCUGUCAGGAGGACCAGUCUGUGUGGAUGUAGUGGAACCAGGAUCUAAAGGACCAAAACUGUUCUGAGUCUGGAAGCAUUAAGUGGAAGAAAAGACGCAGCACAACCUGAGGCUGUUUCUCCGACCCCCCCCCCUGGUUCCAUCAGUGUUUGUAUUUCACAGGUUCCUGGUUGUUUAAAAGAACGAUGGUCCGUGUUUACACUUGUGCUCCGUUUUCUUUUGUCGAGACUCUGAUCCAAUCAGCUCACGUCAGCUCUGUCCUCGUCGACCUCAGACCUCUGGUUGGACCGGGGGGGGGUCACAUCUGAUUGGACGCCCUGUCCGCCACCAUUCCCACAGAACUUUCGGAAAAAUCCACCUUUCCUGUUUCCUUCGGUGACGUUAACAAACCGACGGUUUAUUUCACGUCUCAUCUGACGUUCUGUUGGGUGGACGUGGCGUUCGGUCCGUUUGGACCUGAAGCUGCUGAGAGACAACGGAUCAACUGAACCAGGGUUUAUUUGAACUGAACCAGUGAUGAGUGAGAAGGACGACGAACCUUCAGGAACUUCUCACAUUCCUGGGAAACAGCUCAGAAACCUGGAGCUGGUGUUGGGUUUGAUUGGUAUUAGUUUGUUGUUAGGUUUUCAUCUUCUUCUUCUUCUUCUGUGCGACGACACUGGUCCUUCACUAUCAUGUCGUGUUUGUGGACCACAGGAGUGAUGGACUCCACCGUGUUCAGUGUCUUCGUGUCCAUCUGUCCCCUCUCCGUCCUCCUUGUUGCAGGACCAUGGUCUCUCCUCCGUGAGGAGACGCAGACUCACAGAUCUUUACCUGAUCUUUCCCACAAUCCCUCAUGAGAAGCCAUAGUGAUCCAUAACGUCGCAGCGCUCGGACCUCGAGUCGUCUCCUGUUUUCACUUUAAAAACCUCGACUCGUCUGAUUCUUUUUUUUCCACCAUCCGUUUUUGUCCCCUCCACACAGAACUGUAGCCAGAUUAAAUCCAGUUUAGUCUCAGAUCCAGUGCCUUCACCAUCCAGGUCACACAAACCCAGUCCAGUUUCAGGUGUAGCUCUAGCAGACUGACCAUGGUUUACCGAGGGAUGAUGGGAAAUUUGAACUUCAACCCUGCCCUGUUUUAGUUUCAUCGACAGAUGAUGACGUGAUUGGUGGUGAAGUCGGGAUCAGGAAUGUCCAUGAGAGAGCUUUAAAAAUAGUUUAAUGAUGUUUUUAACCAAAUACAAUCAGAAAGUUCGACAGACUGAAGAGAAAUCUAAAAAUAUAUUUUAAAACGUCAAUUAUUUUACUUAAAACAUUUUACAGAAAUGAGUAUUUGGUAAAGGUUGGCGCGCCAGAGUAGUGCAAGACUUCCAUCUAGUGUUAGGACAUUGUAAUUACAGCUCCGUUGAACCUAUGAUUCCAGGUCAAGACAGUAAACGGUUUUAAUAUAAUAAUAAUAAUUUAAAAAUAUUUUUAAAAUAUUUUUGACCACAAUAUAGAAAGUGUUUUCUAUAAACACGACCAAAAAAUUAAAAACAUUAGAUUUAGGUUUUAAAGUAAAGCUCUGCCUGACAGGUGUGAUUAAAUCAGACAAAGGAGCUCGAGAAUGAAUUUAUUUAUCUUACGCCCCAAGAGCGCCAUCAUGUGUCUCAUAUGGCUCAUAUCUUUUUACCUGAGACACGUCAUAUCUGAGCUCCAGCUUUUAAUGUUUAUUUUUUCUUUACGGUAACUUGUGUGACAUUGUUUUGUGAUUUUUGAUGCUGAUCGUGUUAAUUUAUUGUACACUAGUGGUGAAACAGAGGAACAACUACAACAAAAGCAACAGAGAGGACACAUGAGCCAGGAGCUGGUGAAUAAAUGAAUGAAUGAAUGUAGAAUCUAAUGUGAAAAGAAAUAUUUUUUAAUUUUAUUUCUUUGUUGAUUCACUUCUGUUUCUUCAUUUUCUUAUUAUUUCCUCUUUUGUUUUCAUCUUCUAAAGCACAAAAGUGAAAAGUCUCCAACAGCGAAACGUCUGUUUGUGAAAUAAGUUGAAAUCAUGUGAGAUUGUAUUUAAUUAUUUUGGGUGUUUUUCAUCACGCAGCUUUUAAAGGGAAGUGACGUAUGUUAGCGAUCGAACGUACAUCGGUGUUUUUAGGUUAGGUUUUUUUUAUCUUUAAGAAAAGCUUUAUUUAGAUGUUUUGAUUUGUGUUUUUUAAGAACUCAAACAUUCACUGAUUCUCCAUUGACUUUCAUUCAUAUGCCGUCACUUCCGGGACACGCUGGGCACUUCCCUUUUCUGUAGCUUUACGAAUGUCUGCAACUUAUUCCUGUUUUUAAUUACGUGACAUCGAACUGUUUUGUGAUCAUUUCAUAAACUUGUACAAGACGUGCGUCAUCUGAUUUAUCACCACACGGUGGCAGCAUCACUUCAGGUGAUACGGUAUUGGCUGUUUUUUAAAAUAUGAUUCUACCAGGUGAUGGUGAUUUAGUUUUCUGUCGUCAUUUCCUGUUGGUGAAUUUUAAUGGGAAAUGAAAUGAAAUCACGUUUUUUAAUUAAUUUUUGCACCUUUUUUCUUUGAGGAACUCAUUAACUGUUCCUCAAAAUGUCUUUUAAAGGUUAAGGUGUGAAGCCAACCUCAGAACUGUGUGUACAAAAAUAUUGCUGAUAAUCAUUCCAUUGCACAUACUGUAGUUUACUUUGUGUGAUUUCUUGAAUGAAAUGUUUGGUUGGGAGAUGAUUCUGAUUGUAUUAAUGUUAUUGUUGAUGUUGUUAUAAUAAUUAUUAUUAUAAUUACUAUUGAGUAUUGAUAAAAAAAUGUAAAUAUACCAUUCAGGCAGAUAGGCCACUUUACAUUUAUAUGAAAUCUUCUGAUCUUAAGGAAUAAAAUGAUAUAAUUAAGCAGCAGACUUUUUAAUAAACUAUAUUUGUUACACUUCUAUUGUGAAUAAAAAAACUUCUUUAAUAA